GUGUGUCGGGGGGUGUGAGUGAGUGUGUCAGGGUGUGUGUCGGGGGGUGUGAGUGUGUCGGUGUGUGCACGCUCCACUCCGGGGCUUUGCGCGAGCCGCGCAUCAGCGGUAGGAGGGGACAGAGCCGCUCCUGGGGCGCACCGGCAGCCCCGGCUCCGCAGGUGCCGCCCGACCGGCACCGGCACCGCACGGCUCGGCCCGGCACAGCCCGCCUCGGCUCGGCUCGGCAGGGAGCGGAAGGGAGCGGCCGGAGCUGUGGCAGCCGCGGGACGGGCCGGCGCGGCCGCUCUAAGAUGUGCCAUGAGCCGCCCGGCCCUGGCGCCGAGCGGCCGCUCCUGAGCCCCGGGCAGCAGCAGCCGCUCCUGUCCCCGCUGCCCCUGGGGCCGUAGGGCCGCCCCGGCCCGAGCCCGACCCAACGAUGCCCCAUCUCUGGCCGGCGCUCCGCCGCGUCCUCUGGGAAUACUGGGCAGCGCUCCUGGUCGGCGGCUUCUGGGGACAGAGCUCGCACGGGAUGCCGCAUGUCAUCCGGAUCGGAGGAAUCUUUGAGUACGCAGAUGGCCCCAACACGCAGGUGAUGAGUGCUGAGGAACAAGCCUUCAGAUUCUCCGCCAACAUCAUUAACAGGAACAGAACUUUGCUGCCCAACACAACCCUCACCUAUGACAUCCAGAGGAUACACUUCCACGACAGCUUUGAAGCAACUAAGAAAGCUUGUGACCAGCUCGCUCUGGGGGUCGUUGCAAUAUUUGGACCUUCCCAAGGCUCCUGCACCAACGCUGUCCAGUCUAUCUGCAAUGCCCUGGAAGUGCCCCACAUUCAGCUCCGGUGGAAGCAUCACCCUUUGGAUAACAAGGACACUUUCUAUGUCAACCUGUAUCCUGACUAUGCUUCCCUGAGCCACGCCAUCCUGGACCUGGUGCAGUACCUGAAGUGGAGGUCGGCCACCGUGGUGUACGACGACAGCACAGGCCUGAUACGGCUGCAGGAGCUCAUCAUGGCCCCGUCCCGCUACAACAUCCGCCUCAAGAUCCGCCAGCUCCCGCUGGACACCGACGACGCGCGGCCGCUGCUCAAGGAGAUGAAGCGGGGCCGGGAAUUCCGCAUCAUCUUCGACUGCAGCCACCUGAUGGCAGCUCAGAUCCUCAAGCAGGCUAUGGCGAUGGGGAUGAUGACAGAAUAUUACCACUUCAUCUUCACCACUCUGGAUCUUUAUGCAUUAGACCUAGAACCAUAUCGCUACUCUGGGGUGAACCUGACCGGCUUCCGGAUCCUCAACGUGGAGAACCCCCACGUGUCCUCCAUCAUUGAGAAGUGGUCCAUGGAGAGGCUGCAGUCAGCGCCCAAGGCCGAACUGGGGCUCCUGGAUGGUGUGAUGAUGACAGACGCUGCCCUGCUGUACGACGCGGUGCACGUGGUGUCCGUGUGCUACCAGCGCGCGCCGCAGAUGACCGUCAACUCCCUGCAGUGCCACCGCCACAAGGCCUGGAGGUUCGGCGGCCGCUUCAUGAACUUCAUAAAAGAGGCCCAAUGGGAAGGAUUAACGGGACGCAUUGUCUUUAAUAAAACCAGUGGUUUACGGACAGAUUUUGAUUUGGAUAUCAUCAGUCUCAAAGAAGACGGCCUUGAAAAGGUUGGAGCAUGGAGCCCUUCAGAUGGUUUGAACAUCACAGAAAUCUCCAAAGGACGAGGGCCCAAUGUCACGGACUCGCUGAGCAACAGAUCUCUGAUUGUCACCACGGUGCUGGAGGAGCCUUUUGUGAUGUUCCGUAAAUCUGACACGGCGCUGUUUGGGAAUGACCGCUUCGAGGGCUACUGCAUCGACCUCCUGAAGGAGCUGGCCAUCAUCCUGGGCUUCUCCUACGAGAUCCGCCUGGUGGAGGACGGCAAAUACGGGGCCCAGGAUGAGAAGGGCCAGUGGAAUGGCAUGAUCAAGGAGCUCAUCGACCACAAAGCUGACCUGGCCGUGGCUCCUCUGACCAUCACUCACGUCCGGGAGAAAGCCAUCGACUUCUCCAAGCCCUUCAUGACCCUGGGGGUCAGCAUCCUCUACAGGAAGCCCAACGGGACCAACCCCAGCGUGUUCUCCUUCCUCAACCCUCUCUCUCCUGACAUCUGGAUGUACAUCCUGCUGGCCUACCUGGGGGUCAGCUGUGUGCUCUUUGUCAUAGCCAGGUUCAGCCCAUAUGAGUGGUAUGAUGCCCACCCCUGCAACCCAGGCUCGGACAUCGUGGAGAACAACUUCACCCUCCUGAACAGCUUCUGGUUUGGGAUGGGAGCACUGAUGCAGCAAGGCUCGGAGCUGAUGCCCAAAGCCCUGUCUACACGGAUCAUUGGUGGCAUAUGGUGGUUCUUCACCCUCAUUAUCAUCUCGUCCUACACGGCCAACCUCGCCGCCUUCCUGACCGUGGAGAGGAUGGAGUCCCCCAUCGACUCGGCAGAUGACUUGGCAAAGCAGACAAAAAUAGAGUAUGGAGCAGUGAAGGAUGGAGCUACCAUGACCUUCUUCAAGAAAUCCAAAAUCUCCACGUUUGAAAAAAUGUGGGCAUUCAUGAGCAGCAAACCCACAGCCCUGGUGAAGAACAACGAGGAGGGGAUCCAGCGAACCCUGACCGCUGAUUAUGCUCUGCUGAUGGAAUCCACCACCAUCGAGUACAUCACCCAGAGGAACUGCAACCUCACCCAGAUCGGAGGGCUCAUCGACACCAAAGGCUAUGGCAUUGGGACACCCAUGGGGUCACCAUACAGGGACAAGAUCACCAUCGCCAUCCUGCAGCUCCAGGAGGAGGACAAGCUGCACGUCAUGAAGGAGAAGUGGUGGCGGGGGAAUGGCUGCCCUGAGGAUGAGAACAAGGAGGCCAGUGCUCUGGGCGUGCAGAACAUUGGGGGCAUCUUCAUUGUCCUGGCAGCAGGCCUGGUGCUGUCUGUCUUUGUGGCCAUGGUGGAGUUCAUCUACAAGCUGCGCAAAACGGCGGAGCGAGAGCAGGCCUCAUGGAGUCCAACCACCACCCAGGAGUCUGAUGUUUACACACUGCAAACAGGCGGAGGUGAAGCAGAAUUGAGCCAACCCCGAGCGGGUGAGGAGGAGCCGCGAGCGUGGCUCCAUCAGCACGGCAAUAAACAGGAACACUCGGUCAGGUGUGAGCACCUGGCCCACACCGACACACACAGCACAUUUUUGGAAUGGGAGAGGCAUCUGGGAAGCCCCAGGAUGGGGGAGGCUGUGCUUGCCCCAGAGCAGCUGGCGGUGGCCCUCACCUCGCGGCUGUGCUGGCCGCAGCCCCCCGGAGCGGGACAGCCACGUGGCAGCAGCGUGGUGGCACAAGGUGACACAAGCUCCUCAGCAGACCCAGGGCAGCUGGCUGGGAAGGGGAAGGUGAGCCUGAAAUGUACCCAAGCUCUGGGCCAGGGAGGGCACAGCGUGGCAUGCACAGGACAUCCUGCACCUCCGAGUGACAGCAACCACGCUCCCCAAGCCAAGCUGCAGCCCAGGGUGACACCAUGAUCUCCAGGUUCUCAGCUCUGCCUCUGCUCUUCCUGCAAAGCUCAGUCUCUCCUGCAGAGAAGCAUGGGAAGCAACCAUGUCCACAGGCUCCAGCAGCAGCAGCAGGAGCAGAGCUGCUUCCAAGAGCCAAAAAUACCGAUUUCCAUGAAAUUCAGCAGUGCUGAACUGCAGCUCCACACUGGGAGGGACUGUGGGCCUGGUUGAGGACUAAGUGCUCUCCAUGGCAUCAAGGACCUGAAAGAUGAAUCUCAGCCAAAGCUGACCUGGGAGAAGCAGAGCCAAGCCUGGGAUUCCUCCUGCUCUGACCACGAACUGCCACCCCUCAGGCAGCCUCUCCAUGGGAUUUAAGCAAACACACACUAAAUUGUUUUUAGGAAAUCUUCCAUGAAUUGACUUCUUAUUUUCAGGUUGCUUAACCCAGAAGGUUGGUCCUGCAGAUGAAUUUAGGCAGAAUUACCAAAGACCCCUCUGCUGACCUAAGGUAACACUCGAGUUACUUCCCUCAGCUCCAUCCCUGCCAGGGGACCUGGCAGCCAGUGGGAUUCAUUCACAAAAUCAAACAAACGGAAAUUCCUCUGCCCACCUUAACCCAGGAUGUCACACAUGUGAUGCAAAGGUGCUUAAAGGCUCUGGUUUAACCACUGGUGGUGUAGAAAACAGCAACACCCUUCCCCUGCAGGGGUAAGAGGGACAGAGACCCUGCAGGACCCCACCUGUGUGGAGGGCAGGGAUGGAGCAGUGCCCGAGCCCUGGCUCAGAGGGUGCUGAGGCCACCACAGCCCUCCUGAGCUCACAGCCAUUCUGGAAAGUUUAUCCUUGCCCAAAGGACAAAACCUGACUGAUUUUGGAUUUUUCCCCACCUCUCCCUCUCCAUGCUCAGUUGGGAAGGUUGUCUCCAGCUGAGCAGAAUUAGCAGAUCAGCUCAAGGGGGAAGAGCUGUUCCCCCACCCCACCAUGGAGCACAGUUUGUCCUUAUUUUGCUUCUUCCAUGAUGUAAAGAAACAACAGAGUGACCCCAAGAAAAGCCAGGUGAUUUGUCAUAUUUUGACUCAAGUAAAGAUAUGCAAAGAAUUUACAUUCAUUUUCACCUUUUCACAAAAAACAUGAAAAAUUAGGGAUGAAAGUUGCCAAUGCAAUGGGCAUCAGAUUCUUACCAGUUUGCUGCACAAAUACCUUGAGCAGAGGACAAGCUGAAGUGUGGGGCAGCUUCCCAAAGCUAAUGACAUGCUUUCUGUAUUCCUUUGCAAAUCCUUAGGCUUCUCAGAGCAGUAGAUUUUAUGUUUUCCUUGCGGAUUUCUAAGCUCUAAAAAAAAAAAAUAGCAGAGAUGCAAACAAAGCCUGAAACUGGCUUUAAAUGUCCAGAGAGUAAAAUACCACAGAAAUCAGCAUUCGUUUUGCUUCUUGGCAGAUUUUUUAAAAAAUAAAUAAAUAUUGCUAACACCACAAACCCCAUUUAUUUAUUGACACCAGCCUGAUUUGAUUUUACUCACAAAUGUAACAGGUGAGCAUCUGGAAUUACUGGUGUACAAACCCUUUUUCCUCCCAUCCCUACACCCCUAAAUCAGCCGCGAACUGCAGCCAAAUUCCUGCAUCUACACCACGGCUUUGUGCUGAUCUCUUGGAACGCUUGACAUCCAACAAGGGAAUGUUCUGCAGCACCCAAAAAAUGCAGAGGGACCCCAGGCUGGUGCAGAGCCUUGCCCCUGGCCCCGCUCACUGUGACCCGAGGGGAAAUGCAGGAUUUCAGCCCCAGCCUUCCUGCGGGACCGGGGGCAGCUUGGCCAGGAGAGCUCCCAGAGCCUCCCCGUGUGCUCCAAAGCCAUUUCUGGUCAUGCCAGAGGAGGAGCAGCCAGCCCAGGGCCUCACAGCCACGUCCUUGGAGGCUUGGGAAGGGACAGACACAAUGACAAAGCCUCAAAGCCUUCCGUGAGCGCGUCCGUGACUGGCGACAACUCAGUCUGGAAUCAUCGGACUUCCAACGCUGUUCCUUCCUUCGCUUGGAAAACUGAGCAGGAAUACAGAAAAAGCAGGUUUGGGUUAUUAAACUGUAUCUAAACUGUCGUCACCUCGGCUCACCAUCCCCUUAUCACUUGCUUUUUCCCUCCAACUCUCCUGUGAGACAGAGCAGGGAUGGCCAGCAGCUUCCCCGGGGUGGAAUUUCUGUUUGGAGUCAACCAACAGCACGUGCCAGGUCUGGUGUGGAGGGGACAGACCCACAGAGAGAUGGAAUAUGCAAAGGGGAGCCAGCUCUGGGCACCCACUGCUCCACCUGGGUGCCAGCACAGAGGCUCUCCAGGAAGGGGACAGCAAAGGGACAUUGUGGGGCCUGGUGGCUUCACCCAGUGCUCACCCCAGCAUCCAGCUCGGGGCUGGCAGGGCAGGGGCAUCCCCAGGCAUUGGCAUCAUGAGCCCUCUGCUCUGUACCUUACUUUGACAUGUUUCUCAAAAAACAAAAAAAAAAUAAAAUAAAAAUUAAAAAAAAAAAUAAA